AUGGCGACGAUAAAUUCAACGGUCACAAUUCUCUCACCAAAAUCGAUUCCAAAGAUCAUCGAUUCGAAAUUCGGAGUUAGGGUUUCUGAUCAGACCGUGGGUUUCUCUCCCAAUGUCGUAUCGUACGGCAACAACUCAUGUCGGAGAUUGAAGUUAGCGAAGCUUGUCUCAUCGGCUGGAUUGUCGCCGAUCGAGCCAGACAUCAACGAAGAUCCAAUUGGUCAAUUCGAGCUUAACAGUAUCGAAAUGGAAGAUUUCAAGUAUGGGUAUUACGAUGGUGCUCAUACUUACUAUGAAGGAGAAGUUGAAAAGAAAACAUUUUUGGAAGCACUUGCAGAUGACAUGGCUGGUGUAGAUCCUCCUUCUGGAUUUCAAGGGCUUAUCUCUUGGAUAUUUCUUCCUGCUAUAGCUGCAGGGAUGUAUUUUGAGGCUCCGGGUGAGUAUAUGUUCAUAGGUGCGGCGUUGUUCACGGUAGUGUUCUGUAUAAUAGAGAUGGAUAAACCAGAUCAGCCACACAACUUCGAGCCUCAGAUAUACAAAUUNGAGAGAGGAGCUCGNGANAAGCUCAUUAAUGACUACAANACNAUGANCAUUUGGGACUUUAAUGACAAGUANGGNGAUGUUUGGGAUUUCACCGUUGAGAAAGAUGAUAUCGCCACNAGAUAA